UUUCAGUUGCGGCUUCAAAAUCUGGCAGUGCAGAUUCAAGGUCGUAUAGAGACGUCCAGCAUUCAUCUCCUCCUCCACUGAAAAAGCCUAAAGCGCCUGCACCUGGAGUUAUGACUUCAAAACCUACCAGUGCUAUCUCAGGACAAGUCAGUAAUAUGAGAGAAGAUUCAAAAGCAGAAAUAAAAAGUGACACUACAGAAGCAAGGAAAACUAUUCUAAAACAAGAAAUUGAUUUGAGAAUUCAAGUAGUCUCAUCACCAUGCAGUCAAAUUUGUCCUAAAUAUCAGCAUAAGAAAGAAUUAAGUGGCCUUGCUGAGACCUAUGAAAAGAAACAAAAUCAGAAAACUGGAAUGAAAGUUGAAGAGCUUCCCAUGAAAACUCUGAGUGAAAAAGAAAAGAGAAAAAAAGUAGACAGAAAGAAAUAUACUAAGAACAGAACAAGGAAAAGAAGGUGGAGAAUGGUCAAUCAAGGAAAGGAAAUAACGAAAAAAGGGAACAAAAGAUAGGCAUGAAGAAGAUGGAAGACAAAGACAAGGGGUUUAAAUACAAGAAGGGAUAUGAAGAUACCAAAGACAAGGACACAAAAGAAAGUGAAGACAAGAAAGGAGAUGAAGAUAAGGAUAAGAAAGGAUAUGCGAACAAGGACAGCAAGGACAAGGAGGGAGACAAAGACAUGGAGGACCAGGACAAGAAGAAGGAUGAGGACAAUAUGGGACAGAAAGAUAAGGACAUGACGGAGGGUAAAAACAAGAAGGGAGAAGACAAAGAGGGAGAUGAAGACAAGGAGGAAAAUAAAAAGGACAAGGACAAGAAGGGGUAUGAAGACAAGGAGCAACAAGACAACAAGGACAAGGACAUGAAGGAAGAUACAGACAAGAAGGGAGAACAUAAGGAGAGAGAAGACAAAGAUGAAGACAAUGAGGACAAAGAGAACAAGAAGAAUGAGGACAAGGAUAAAGAAGGUGAAGACAAGGAGGACAAGGACAAGGAUGAGGAUGAGGACAAGGACAGGCAGGGACAUGAAGACAAGGAGCAGGAAAAAGGCAUGGAUGACAAGGACGUGAAGGGAGAUAAAGACAAGGAUGAGAAGGGAGAACAUAAGGAGAGAGAAGAAGACAACGAUGGAGAUGAAGACAAUGAGGGCCAAGAGAAUAAGAAGAAUGAGAGCAAGGAAAAAGGAGAUGAAGACAAGGAGGGCAAGAACCAGAAGGAGGAUGAGGAUGAGGUUAGGAAGGGACAGGAAGACAAAGAGAACAAGGAGGUUGAGGAUAAGGAUAAGGAAAAUGAAAACAAGGACAAGAAUGAGGAUAAGGACGAGGUUAGAAAGGGACAGGAAGACAAGGAGAGCAAAGAGGAUGCAGACAAGGAUAAGGGAGAUGAAGACAAGAGAGAAGAUGAUACGGAGAACAAGGACACAAAGGAAGAUAAAGACAAGGACAAGAAAGAAGAUGACAAGGAGGGAGAUGAAGACAAGUAGGAAAAGGCAAGAAGGAAGAUGAAUACAAGAAGGGAGUUGAAGGAGAACAAAAGUAUGAAAGGAAUCUAUGAAAAAAAUGGGUGAAAUAGUGGGUAAAUGGAACAUGAAGGAAAUAGACCAGAAAGAUGCUGGGAAGAGAAUGAGCCAGUGAUAAGAGAUCACACUGAAGAAAAACAAUAGCAUCGCCUUUUAUAAACAAACAAUAGACAUAAAUAAUACAACUUAGACACCCCAGUCAUCAGUGGUACAAAUUAAAAUAAUAACCCCUUACAUUAUCUUUAGUCAAAAAUCACUGCUCCUUUGUUUACAGUCUGACAGAAGGUCCUUCAUAAUUUUCAUUUCUUUAGUUACCUCUGUCCCAAGAUUUAGCUUCCAAAUGUUUUUUCAAACUUUAUAUUCAUGAGGCAUCAUUGUAAGGAAAAUAAAAUUUUGUGAAAUAAAACCAAUAAAAAUGUUAUUUUUAUGAAAUAUGAUAUUUCCCUGUCUAACCCUGUCAUAUUACUUAGCUCCUACUCAGUACAACACUCAUAAAAGAAUGUAAAAAUAUUUUCAUCAUCAUAAGAUAAACAUAGCAGCCAGUAUUGUGGCUCACUAUGUUAAGCCAUUGCUUCCAAUUCCAGCAUCCCAUAUAGGAGUGCCUGUUCCAGUUCUCACUACUCCUCUUCUGAUUCAUCUCCCUACUAAUGCACUUGGAAAAGCGACAGAUGA